AUGUCUUCUGGUGGCAUCUCAACAUACGAACAACGCCAAAAGUGGAGGGCCGAGCAUUUGCAGACCAACGACCCCUUUGUGGUAGAUAUUCCUAAAAUAGAGCUUCAUGUGCAUAUCGAAGGGACAAUGACACCAGAAUUGCGUUGGAAGCUCUCUCAAAAGAACAAAAUACCGCUCACUUGCGGCGCAGAUAAAAUUGCUCUCACGUCCCUGGAAGAAACCCAGAAGGCAUACACUUGCAUUCGAGGAAGGAUAGGAGCUGCAUCUGCCGAAGCGUCAAAAUCGUUCACGUUCUUCCAGAUAUACUAUGAGGGAUUUGAUCUUCUUCAGAGUGAAGAAGAUUAUUAUGACCUAGCAAUGAGAUAUUUCGAAAGAGCCGCAAAAUUGAAUGUUCGGUAUUGCGAGCCAUUCUUUGAUCCUCAAGGUCAUACACGAAGAGGGAUAUCUAUGGAAGUAAUCAUGAAAGGCUUUCAAAAGGCACAAAUUGAAGCGGAAAGAGAGCUAAACGUGAAAUCACAAUGGAUUAUGUGCUUCUUGAGAGACAUGUCACCAGAAUCAGCGACGGAGCAAUAUGAAGCCGCUCUCCCGUACAAAGACAUGAUUGUUGGUAUUGGCCUCGACUCUGAUGAGCUUGAUCGUCCUCCAAAGCUUUUCGAUGAAGUAUUUAGACGCGCUCGAGAGGAUGGUUUUCGGCGCACAAGUCAUUGCGAUUUCAACCAGAAAGACACCCAUGAACACAUUCGCCAAGUCGCAGAAUCCCUCGGCGGCCCAGGAACUGAACGUAUUGAUCAUGGGUUGAAUGCGGCAGAUCAGGAUGACUUGAUGAAUAUGAUCAAGGAGAAAGGCAUCGGCAUGACGAUUUGUCCAUGUGCCUACAUCCGGCAUGCUCCUGAAUCUGAGGUAUUUGUUCGAAUUCGGAAAUUGUUCGACGCAGGUAUCAAGAUCACUAUUGCAAGCGACGAUCCAGCAUACAUGGAAGAUAAUUGGGUACUUCAUAACCUUUACAUGGUUCGAGACAAGUGCAAAUUCACGGAUCAAGAGAUGGUGCGGCUCCAGAGGAAUGCAAUCGAGAUAUGUUGGGCGAGCGACGACGAGAAAGCUGCUCUAUCUCAAGAGAUUGAUUUUUUCGAGAAAGCACACCUCUCAUGA